CUCAGUUCACACACGGUUGACAGUCUCUGGACACACGGUUGCGCGUCUCACCAUGAGACCCUGCUACAUCCAGAGCAGCUUCACACUCCUCAGAGCGCUGCUGUACGGGAUGAGAGACUGCUUUUCUCCGCAUUGAUAUGCACUUUAAUAGCUAUAGCCGUCAUCAUGUGAGUUACUGUACACGAGGGUGAAUAUUCAGCAGAAGGAAGUGUUUUCAUAACAGUGAUCCGAAAGAGAAAGUAACUCAAACCUCAUGGCUGAUUACCUUAUCAGUGGGGGAACUGGGUACGUUCCAGAAGAUGGACUCACUGCCCAGCAGCUCUUUGCCAUCGGUGAUGGUCUCACAUACAAUGAUUUCCUGAUACUGCCUGGCUUUAUUGACUUCACAUCCGAUGAAGUGGAUUUGACCUCUGCUCUGACCCGGAAGAUAACCCUGAAGACGCCACUCAUUUCCUCUCCUAUGGACACAGUCACAGAGUCCUCCAUGGCCAUCGCUAUGGCUCUCAUGGGUGGAAUUGGAAUCAUUCAUCACAACUGCACACCUGAGUUUCAGGCCAAUGAGGUCCGGAAAGUCAAGAAAUUUGAGCAGGGCUUCAUUACGGACCCUGUAGUGAUGAGUCCAAGGCACACUGUCGGUGAUGUGUUUGAAGCAAAGGUACGGCACGGUUUCUCCGGCAUCCCGGUUACCGAAACCGGCAAGAUGGGAAGCAAGCUAGUGGGCAUCGUUACAUCACGAGACAUCGACUUCCUGUCAGAGAAAGAUUACGAUAGGCCGCUGGAGGAGGCAAUGACAAAACGAGAAGAUUUAGUGGUUGCUCCAGCAGGUGUAACAUUAAAAGAAGCAAAUGACAUCUUACAGCGCAGUAAAAAAGGUAAACUGCCUAUAGUGAAUGACAGCGAUGAGCUCGUAGCUAUAAUAGCUCGUACUGAUUUAAAGAAGAACAGAGACUAUCCUCUAGCCUCCAAAGACUCUCGCAAACAGCUGCUGUGUGGCGCAGCCAUCGGCACCCGAGAGGACGACAAGUACCGGCUGGACCUGCUCAUGCAGGCUGGAGUGGACGUGAUAGUUCUGGACUCUUCUCAGGGGAACUCAGUGUUUCAGAUCAGUAUGAUCAACUACAUCAAACAGAAAUACCCAGACCUACAAGUGGUGGGAGGGAACGUGGUGACUGCUGCUCAAGCAAAGAAUCUUAUAGAUGCCGGGGUUGAUGCUUUACGAGUGGGCAUGGGCUGCGGAUCCAUCUGUAUCACACAGGAAGUGAUGGCGUGUGGGAGACCACAGGGCACGUCUGUGUAUAAGGUGGCUGAGUACGCCCGGCGUUUUGGAGUUCCAGUCAUUGCAGACGGUGGCAUUCAGACGGUCGGGCACGUUGUGAAAGCCCUGGCGCUGGGAGCAUCCACAGUGAUGAUGGGGUCAUUGUUAGCAGCAACCACCGAAGCGCCUGGGGAGUAUUUUUUCUCAGAUGGCGUACGACUGAAGAAGUACCGUGGUAUGGGCUCUUUGGACGCUAUGGAGAAAAACAACAGCAGUCAGAAACGUUACUUCAGUGAAGGUGAUAAAGUAAAGGUAGCUCAGGGAGUCUCUGGCUCAGUUCAGGAUAAAGGCUCGAUACACAAGUUUGUUCCAUACCUCAUCGCUGGAAUUCAACAUGGCUGUCAGGAUAUCGGUGCAAAGAGCCUGUCCAUUCUGCGAUCGAUGAUGUACUCCGGAGAGCUGAAGUUUGAGAAGAGGACAAUGUCUGCUCAGGUUGAGGGCGGAGUUCAUGGACUGCAUUCUUCCUCCCAGAGACCCUCAGUCCAUCCCUUCUUACGUUGUCAUGGAAAAGUAGAGUUUACAUGUGAAAAUGUCUUCUCUUCCUUUCUCUUAUGCCGUCAUCAUAGAUAUUCUUUUGUGCCAUUUAUGAGAAGCGGUUAUAUUGAGCCCGGGCAGCAGGGGGCACAUGAGAGCAGGACCCAAUGUCCCGUCACCCGCCGUCACAAAACACAGCAGCUAAACGUGAUUUCUGUUAUCCUCAGCCCCUAUACUUUUUCCUGAUGGCUUUGGAUAAACAUUAAAAAAAUAAAAAUAAAACUGUCUGAUUGUAAUAAAAGCCAGCAACAGUACUGAAUGUACUAUGGACUGUUUUGAUUCUCUUUGUUUAUUUAUUUUCGGUUCUCCCUGUAAGAAAUUAGACUUGGCAAUAGAGAGAUUAUUUUCAAAAUGCUAUGAAUGUACUACACCAUCUGAAAUAUGAGGAUUCUACGUGUGUGUAUAUGUGUGAGAGAGUGUCUAUGAACAUUUAUGAUACAGUAUGUGAUAUAAAUGGUAUGUUUUGUCAAACUGUCAAAAUGUUCUAAUUAAAAUUGUCUGUUGGUUUAUUAGCAAUAAUACUUGUCGUGGUAUAUGAGAAAAUCAUGUGCAUAUCACAUUGCCAUUAGAGUGUUAUGAGUUAAAUGUAAUCUGAGAAAUGCAUUUGGUUUUUAUUUUUAUUUUUCCAGAAUAGCAAGUUUGCAGGCUGCUUGUGUCAGAGUGCUUUUCAGGCUAUCCCGUUAGUCACAUAGCACUAGAACAAUGUUAUUUUAUGGAUCAGAUUAUCAGUAUCAGCCUUAAAAUCAGGGAUUCUGUACUGUUACUCGCCUUACACUAGUCAAUAAUGUACACAGACUUUAGAGAUGCUCAUUUUUUAAAGUUUAUUUAAUAGUUUCACACAUUUGCAUCAUUUAGAUAUAUCAAACAUUUUACAGUAUAUAAAAGUAAGCAAUUGAGAUUUUACAAGGCCAGAAGUGAAGGACAGUAAAAAAAACAUUUGCUGUAAAAGUGACACUUUCAAUUUUGGGCUCCAUUUUGUAGUUUGCCAAGACUGUUGUGUUGUCAUUCUGAAGAUAAUGCAGUUGAAAGAAUAAAGAAUGAGUUUUAUAGA